AUGUCUGAAAGCUCGGCACCACGCGACACAAAGGUAAUUUCGCUGAUUCUGCGCUCGCUAGGCAUAGAGGAGUGCGAACCAAAGGCAAUACUGCAGAUCCAUGAGUUCGUCUACAAAUACGCGACCGAUGUUAUGAAAGAUGCAUCGCAAUAUGCAGAGAUGGUUGACAGGCAGGUUAUAACGGAGAAGGACAUCAAAUUGGCACUACAAACAAAGGUGGGCCGGUACUUUGUGCCUCCUCCACCUAGAGCAUACAUGAAUGACAUUGGCACUAUGGUGAAUAGCCGACCCAUCAGACCGCACGGAGAAGGUGCAAACAAGCUGCCCAUGGGGAAGAACACCCUGCUCAACUUCGAGAGCAGGCUGAUAGAUGAAAAUGAGAUGUAAAAUUGCGAUCGAACAGGCGCACGCAAAUUAUUGAAGGAACGGCUUGUCUAUGUUAAGGUUAUGAAUUAUCCUCUUGUACUCCACGUAGUCUAUGCUGCUAAUAAAAUGGUUAACUUCU